UGCUCACCUUAUCGACACAUCUGCAGCACACAACGGCAUUGAGGCGCAGUCUUGCGAGAAGAGUCGGGGUGAGGGAGACCAUCGUCACGCACGCCAUGGCGGAUUCGAGUUCGUCUGCCACAGUUUGGGAUGAGUCGUUCCUUAUGGCGAAUGCCAUUGUGUCGGUCGUCCUUCCUAGGGAGACGCCACGAUGGUGGAUCCAGAGGAGAAACGACGGAACAUGGCAAGAUCUCAUAAUUGAUGAUGACGCCACAGACGACUAUUUCCAUGGGAAGCUACGAAUGACGAGAGGGGCGUUCUACGACAUCGUCGCCGCCUGCACUCCUUUUCUUCAACGGUCCCUCACCCAUUACCGCACUCCAUUGCUGUCGGAGCAGCUGGUGGCGUUCGCUCUGUACAGGUGGGCGAGCGGCGAGACGUUUGAGAGUGCAACGUCGUCAUUUGGGAUGGGGCGGUCGAGUGGUAUCAAGGUGGUGAGGGACGUGACGAACGCUAUCUUGUCUGCAUAUUCGGACAAGAUAGCGAUGCCAACAGAAGCUGGCACUUUGUUCUUGGCGGAUGCGGUGGACCUGUCAUACGGGGUGCGAACGAGGGGGUACAUCCUCGCGGACAAUGCCUAUGGACCCUUGCCCUGGCUUGUAGUGCCUUACGGUAGAGUAGUGCAACCUCCCGACGAGGCGCAUCUCGACACGUGUCACAAGUCAUCACGGAAUGUUGUCGAACGAGCAUUUGGGAGACUGAAGGGGAUGUGGCGGCUGUUUCUGCGCCACCACAAGACGAACAUGGAGAAUCUGCCCCAGCAAUUCACCGUCGUUUGUAUUUUGCACAACUUGCUGAUCAAGGUUGGCAUCGAAUUUGACGAGCAUCUGCUUGUUGACAGGGACGUCAGCGGCAACAAGCGCCUCAUCGAUCUAGGUAUGCAUGAACCUGCUACCCCUGUGUCGCAGGAUGAUGCCACCGAUGACGAUGGUGGCUUCUGAGGGUGUGUUCGGGGGGGGGGGGGGGGGGGGGGGGGGGGGGCGGAGUUUGGAGCGGAAAAAAAAAAAAAGGAACGAAUUGAAAUCACCAAGUAUUUUAUUGAGAGGGAACAACAGGCAACGUGAGAUGGGUUUGGAGAGGGGGUGUGGGGGCGUUGGGUCCGUACUAAUCGAUCAAUCCAUGAACGGACAAAAAAAAAAAAAAAAAAAAACCGACCAGUCAAUAAAUCAAUAUCACUGAG